UUAACAUCUAAAAGUGCCCCCCGGCCCCCUUUUUGCUGGCUCAAAAAUCAAAUUAAUACUUCUUUAACACUUUGAGUUCCACUACAAAACAUUGGUGUGUAUUUAAACUGAGCAUUUUGCAAUGUUUUUAAUUCCUUAUCACAAGCAGGCAAACCGCACUAGGUAGUAGAGUUGUGUAUUGUCGUUUCAGUCUUUUGAAAAUGGCGGCAUCUAGUGUUAGUAGUGAUGUUAACUGGCGAGUGUAGGCCAUUUAGGUUUACCUAUUACACAUUACAUAUUAUAUUACACACGAAGUAUUGGUUAAAAAUACAUCCAUUACUACUUACAUAUAACACUGAGCUUUUUAAUUUAGUUGUGCAAGCUGAACAAUGUCGGCGUAGGAGUAGACUAGAUGUCAAUAAGAAAACAAAUCAAACAGACGCCAGUUUUGUGUACCCGAAAAUGCCGACCAGAAGAGCUCUGCCAGUCGUGGGACGUGCUAAUUCACAACAGGCAUGUGUUGAACCGACAAAGGGCAGUUGGACUACGUCAUCCCAGUAUGACCAGAUUGGACUGUCUGUAGUCUAAAUUGGAGCCAUCGCUGGAUGCAUUCAUCAGAGCCAGGAAAGAACUAGAGGAAAUACUCGUAUGACAAAACCUUAAAUCUUUUAGAAUAGCCGGAACUGUCUUCAUCUCAUGGCAUGUGCUUUUAAAUACAUCUUUAUCUCUUCAGUUUGAAAGGAUGAUAGCUUUAUUACAUCAUGAAUACCCACCUUUGACAUUCCUUUUCCUUCCACAGUGACUUGCACUUGAAGGGCUUAGGUUUGAAAAAAAAAAAUCCAAUCAAAUUCAGUGUGAUACUUUUCUCCUUUUUGUGUGCUGCACUUUCAUUUUUGUAUUUUAAUUAGCCAGCAGAGGGCAGCAAUGAACAAGAACAUUUCCAGUCUGCAGUAGGCUAGCAGGCUAAGCUGAAUAGCCACUGGGACCCCGAAAGGGACAAGCGGUAGAAAAAGGAUGGAUGGAUGGAGUUAACAUCCGCAGUAGCGACAUCGCUGAAAGGGAACGUCAAACAAAAGAAUCCCAAGAAAGAGGGCUCCAUGAGCUGGGCAAACGCCUGGAGAUGCCCUACAUCAACAACACGGUCGGCGGCCCGUCGGUGCGCAGCUCGUACAUCGCCGCCCUCUACUUCACCCUCAGCAGCCUAAACAGCUUUGGCAACGUGUGCGCCAACACGGACGCCGAGAAGAUCUUCUCCAUCUGCACCGUGCUCAUCGGUGGUAUGCCGGACGCCUCGUAUGGAAUAACGUGAUUGGGCAGGCAUGCUGUUUAUAUCGUGGGAAAGCGGACGUGAAAAAAGGCUGUCCUCACUCAGGUCAGCAUGGAACUGGAGGGGGCGUGGCCUCCAGCUCCAGUUUUCAAAUGACCGUAAGUCUUGAACUAUACAAAGUAUUUCAAUGGUUGGAAUCUGCGCUUUUGCAUGAUAUACUAGUUACUAUGGUAAUCUAAUUAGUUACUAUGGUAAUCUAAUUAGUUACUAUGGUCAUCUAAUUAGUUACUAUGGUAAUCUAAGUCACAGCAGCUCAGACGAGGCACCAAGCAGUGUGGGUGGGGAGCGUUUCCACAGAGUGUUUCCAGAGCGGCCAGCCUGAAAUGCGGGUGUCAGGGACAGACGCGGAAGGAGAUUUUUACAGAAAAGUUCUAAAGCUUAGUGAUAUAUCAGAUAUAUCAGAUCGUAGGAGUUAGUUUUUUUUACCCUUCACCUUCGUAUUUCACUGUUUGUUGCAUUUUUGUUGCGUUUCGCUUGAUUGUAAAAUAUGUCGAUGGAGAGGGGGUGUGACGUUCAUAUGUUGUCAAUAUUCAGUGUUUUAUCCUUCAUGGUUAAUAUUGUAAAUCCCAAAUUCUUUAUUUUCAUGUACAUUCUGGGUGUCUCAUUCAGUAGAAAAUGUAAAAUUCCAUUCCAUUUUUUAAUGUUUUUUUGCAUUCAAUAAGACAUUAUUGUGAGGUUUUGUAUUAGUGUUCCUAAAAAUGAAUAUACCGGCCCCCAGACACAUUUUUUUCCUCUAUAUUUGGCCCCCGAGUCAAAAUAAUUGCCCAGGCCUGCUCUAGUGGGUUCAGAAUAUUCCAUGAAGACAUUAAGUAGGCAACACAUUCUCUGGCAGACCAGGGCCCUCGUGUAACAACAGUUGCGUGGUUUUCCUACUAAAAUUAAAUGUACGUUCAAAUUCGUUUGGAGGAAGUAUGAAGGAACGCAAGAUUGUUAUAUAAAAAAUCUUCGCCAUGUCUGCCUGCCAUGCCUGGUUUGAUUUCAAAUUUUUCGGGACUUAUGCAGAUCCCAAAUACACAAAAACAGGUACCAACAGGUAAGAAAAGUUGGUUUUGCAUAAUAGAUGCCCUUUAAAGUAAGAUAAAACCCAUGACAAGUACCCAUUCAUAUACUUCACAUCCACACUAAACACUUGCAUGCAAGCUAACCUGCCUAAAAAUAUGUAGUGAUCAUAAAAUAAGCCAUUUCUGUAUUUAAAAAAUAUAUAUAAAUACAAGGACCACCUGUAUGGUGUUUUGUUCUAACUCAAUUUAAUUGGAAUUAGAACAACAGAAGCAACCACUCAUUUAUAC